CGCCAGGCGGAUCCCACCCGAAACCUCCGAGACUCGCUGUUUUCCUUUAUAUGCCUCAAACGCGCAUACAGGUAAAUUUUAUUUCAAAACACAACUACAGUGACCAUCUAUAGUCGUUGAAGUAGGCUACCGUAUUAAGUUACCUCUGUUGAGACAUGAACGCUUCUUGUUAACGGACAAAAGCAUUCGUUGUUUUUAAGUUUCUGUAGUCGCUUGUUCGGCGUAUUUAUAUUUCCAUGUCGAAGCAAUGUCAAAUGCUAUGCUAGCCAUGGCGGCGUGUACUGCACGAGCAGGCUUAUACUCCUAAAACGGUCAAAGCCACGACAACACCAGCCGCCCAACACAUACACAUUUGUGAUCUUAAAAUCCUGGAGUACAAAGAGUAUACGUACUAUGUCUCCAAAAGCUAGUUUCCUUAUAUUUGCUGAUAUUGUUUACCCUUUCAGUUAUGCCGCGCAUAUGCGGGCCAUCUUCUCUUAAUUACUUGUUUGAUGCUGUUUUUUUUUUAUAACACGCGAGUUUUAUUAUUUUAUUUAAUUUUGUCUCUCAUUGAAGGCAUACGAGAGAAAGGAAGGCCAGGAAGUGGUUAGUGAAGUUCUGCGCGUGCUGCAGAUGCUUUAUAAUUUUCCAAAAGAAAAGCUAGACUGCGGUUUAUUAACCUCGCGCGCGUGUACCUAUUGUCUCCGGUGCAAAAUAAAACCCUCCACUCGAUGCGAUAAAACGACGAACAUGAUUCCACAUAAAUACACCUGUAAUUGAAUUAUACAAUAAAUGCAUGUUCAUUCUCACGCUGGAAAUACUUUUUAGACAUUGCUCGAUGAUUUUACCUGUAAAUGUACUGAAGUUUAUGGGCUGUUGUUUUUUUUAACUGACAGACUUGCUGACCGCGUACAUCGGUGUGCAGCGUGUCCAUAAAGGCAUGGAGAAUUAUUCAUCAUUUUUCUGCAAUAGGGAUUAUAAUAUUUAUCUCGCAAUCAGCAGUUCGGUGUGUUAGUAGGCUACCCUCACAAAAUGAGGAUCCGAAUUCAUGAUCCGAAUUUUCCAUUCAUGCCUGUUUUAUUAAUGAAUCCCUGCUUAUUUAUCUGUUUAUUUUACUCACCCGCGCGAGGAGGGAAAAGAAGCACGCGAGGUUGUGCAUCUUGGCGAUUGGUGCAACACCUUUGUUAGGAAAGGUCAUCAGAUGCUGCGGCACAGCGCCAGGAAAACACAUACCACAAAACAGACCGAGAUGGAUAUGAUCCCGUGUUGUUACGUGGCUCGGGAGGGCGGAGUCUUCUUUCUUCAGAAGUUUCCAUUGGUCUUCAGCUCUCGCUGUGUACUGGGGGUAUCGCUAAUCAUAGUCGCUAUGUUUUGCACAAGAAAUGUCAGCCAGAAAGAGCUAUCUUCUCCCAUCGCCAAAUUACACAAAUUACACCACAACAAUGUCCUGCUCCAGUAGCCCUCCAGGAAACUCGUUUUUGGUGGACUCUCUGAUCAGCGUGAGGGGGGAGAGCUGCGGUCCCUACUACCCGGGCAGCAGCGCCUGCCUCCCGCCCGCCGCAGAGUUGCCCUACGGACUACCGAACUGUGGAUUCUUUCCAGGACCGGGGAAGCGCAACGAGCCGCCCGGCGCGCAGAGCAUGGUCCCCGCGUGCAGCCCCUACCUGCCUGCCGCGGAGGCCUGGCUGGACGUCCCCCGGUCCGCGCGCCAGCAGGUCGCGCCCUCCUGCUUCUCCCCGAACAUCAAAGAGGAGGGCGCGUACUGUGUGCACGAGGCGCAGAGGUGCUCCCAGCCGUCCGCCGGGGGGGACCUCUCCUACACCCGCCUGACUCCGGCCGCGUGCUCGGCCACUGACAGCGCGAUGCCCGGGCACUUCCGCCUGUCCCAAACGCACGCGCAUCCCAAGCUUCAUCACCAGGGCGCGCAGCCCAACCCGCCCCCGUUUGACCCGCAGUCCCCGGUUCGCUUUGAAACGCCACCUUCAUCAUCAUCUACCUCCGCGCCGGCGGCCCGGAACGGGCGCGAGGAGGCGCCUCAGAGAGAGGAGACGCGGGGUUCGUCGGCAGGCGAGCCGUCUUCUCCGGAGGCCGCAGACGAGCAGAAAAGCAGCCCCAGGACGGGCGCUAAAGGAGAUUCAAAAAGUGAAAAUGUGGCCAACUGGCUGACGGCGAAAAGCGGGCGGAAGAAGCGCUGCCCCUACAGUAAGCACCAGACCUUGGAGCUCGAGAAGGAGUUCUUGUUCAACAUGUACCUGACGCGCGAGCGGCGCCUCGAGAUCAGCCAGAACGUCCACCUGACCGACAGACAGGUCAAAAUCUGGUUCCAGAACCGCCGCAUGAAACUGAAGAAAAUGAACCGUGAGCACAGAAUCCGGGAGCUCACUACAAACUACAGUUUUUCGUGAUAAAAAAAACAAACAACUCGAACUGCCUGAAUUUGACGCCUUCCACAGUCAAGUUUGCGCGAGGCACAUCCGGUUUUUAAGAUACCCUCCAUUUCUGUAAGCUGCUGGCGAUUCGUGGGUGUUUUUUUAAAAAUUGUUUCAUGUUGUUGUUUUUUAAUGUUUUUUUUUAUUUGUUUGUCGUCCUUGGUUUUUCUCAUCGUUUCGUCACGUGGCUUUUUUUGGGGGAAAAACUGAUUAAACUGCGCUUCAAACAGCAAAUUAAUAUGAAUCCUUCAAAAUAGAAAUUUGGAUAGAUGCAUUUCAACGUCUGGGUUCGCCCAGAAUUCGAAUUCAAAGUGAGAGAUGCGCAUGUUUUUAAAAAACGCUUUUAAACAUUUUUUUUUAAAUGAGCUUUUUAAGACAUUUGCCAAAUAUGAUUAUUAUGCGCAAAUGAGAAAAUAAAUUAUUUCGAAGAUUGAAUGAAUUUCACUUCCGGUCAAUAUCCGAAAGCUGAUGUAAAUAUUCCUGUAAAACCCGUUUUGUUGUAUAUAUAUAUAUUUAUAUAUAUAUAUAUAUAUAUAUAGAUUGUGUGUAUAUAUAUAAUAUAUAGCCUAUUUUAUAUAUCUGUUCGCAUCCCCGGGAUACGCGUUUAAGCCGAUAAAGGGACGUGAGAAUUAUAUUGGGUCACUGUGAGAAACAUAAAAACGUUUUUUUUAUAAUUGUGAACAUAUUUUGUAAAUACCGUUUCAAAUGUUUCAUUAAGUGGUGGUAUGUUUUGUGUAUUCGGUUAU